GAAACUGGUGACGGUAGUCUCACCGACAGCGGCAACCAUGAAACGGACACAGGACAGCUACACCUUUACGGUCGGUAAACUCGAUGCGGGCAUGGCGAUACUCAUAGGCGAACGGGCUCAUCUAAUUGAGUUUCCGUCUGUUUUGCUACCUCCAGGCUCGACGACCGGGUCCAUCGUGAACAUCGCUGUACACCAGAACCUCUCCGAAGAACGCAAACGCGACCAACAGUUUUGGCAGCUACAACACGACAUUUUCGAGACGUUCGGAUGUGCCUCGCCAGAACCUCCCCGCCUCGAGGUUCGAAAUGUCACGCAGACAUCCGUUACGCUGGAGUGGCCACCUAUCAAGCUUGCGACCGCUAAACUACGGUCUUUGGACAUAUACAAAAAUUCGCAACGCGUCGCCGCGAUUCCGAGUGCGCUCACCAACACAUCGACAAAGCUAUCCGGUCUGUCCCUCGAUACGCCUUACACCUUCCAACUCGUCCUCAAAACGUCAGCCGGAACGUUCCACUCUAACACCGUCAGCAUACGCACGCAUACCAUUGCAGAUACCAGCGGAAUUUCCGUGUGCUUUGGUACAGUGGCAGAUCCUGUUCUUCUCGAAGACGCCAAGUCUGCACUGCACGAGAUGAAGGCAAAGUGGAGCGACAAGAUACAGAUCGAUACGACGCAUUUCGUGUGUACUACUCCUGCGAUGACCCCUUCGGGAGCCAAAGCGAGUGGGGGAAAUGUUCCUGGUGGACCUGGAGUCGAGUAUCAGAAGGCUCUUCAGCUCAGUAUACCCGUCGUGCAGCCACAAUGGAUCUUGGCGUGUCUCACUGAGAAAAAAAUGGUCCCGAUUGCGGGAUACUACCUCGGAGUGACCCCUCCCAAUGCGGCGAGCUAUUAUUCCCAGCGGACACAAUCAAUGUCUCAGGCAUCUCUACCUUCGUCAGGCAGCGCCAGCAGUGCACAUAAAGCUGCUUCUAACCGAUCGUCUAUGCCUGCGCCGCCGCGAAGCACCAACGGCACACCUCCAUCAAAUUCCCGAAAGAAGACCUUUGAACCAACGCCGGAAGAUCCUGAAGCUGAGACGGAGGCAGCUUUGGAACAUGGGGUGGCGGUGGCAGCGGCGACUCCGCAACCAAGGAGAUCCGCAUCUGUGACGGAAACACGGCAUAGAAGCAACGGAACGAUGGAUCGAAACUUCAAGUUCCCACAAUCCCAACAACCUCCACAACGCGUCGCUUCGCCGCCUUCUCUACCAUCGUCACCGCCGCUUGUACCAAAGCAGCAACAGCAACGUCCUCACCCUCAAAAACCGAUUCCGCUUCCAUUACCACACGAAGCGGAAGUGGGUGAAGAUAUGCCCCCCGUCAGUAUUAUUACCCCAUCGAGUGUGGAAGUACCCCCGCCUCCACCUGUCGAAAAGGAGAGUAGUAGGAGACCGGUGGUGGUAGAUGAGGGAGAUGAGGAUGUCGGUGAGACGGUCGAGAUUGAUUUGAGAUGAUGUGGUUGGCGUUAUGUAUUUUUCGGAGU